AUGACAUACAAACGCACGCGUGCUCCUUCCCCGUCAGAUACCCAGAAGCGCUCUCGCAGAGGGCCUUCCAAGUACGUCUUUCUGGGCACAGAGCUACCAGAAGAAGAAGCAGACGAUGGCGCUUUCGUACCAGUAUGGAAACAAACCGUGACCGACGAGCGCGGCAGACGCAGGCUACACGGUGCUUUCACCGGAGGCUUCAGUGCAGGAUACUUUAACACAGUUGGCUCUAAAGAAGGAUGGACUCCAAAGACAUUUGUGUCUUCCCGCGCCAAUCGCCACAAAGACCAGUCCGCUGGUCAAGCACAACGCCCCGAGGAUUUCAUGGACGAGGAGGAUCUCGCAGCUGCAGCCGAAUCGCGCCAGUUGGAGACGGCGAACACGUUCGCUGGUAUCGGCGAAUCGGGACAACACAACGAUGAUGGAUUGUUCGGCCUGUUCAUGACCCAGGAAGAGACUAUGGGUGUCAAGCUUGCCCAGAAAAUGGGCUGGCGACGCGAUCAGGGCAUCGGUCGAAAAGUGCGCCGGAACGCAAACCUGGAAGAUGGUGCAGCCGGUGCUCAUCAAGACUCUGUACAUUUAUUCGCGCCGCCAGAUGCGCGCAUCAUGAAUAUGCCAAAAGAGGAGGUGCGCCGCAAAGGCUUGGGCUACAUUUCGGAGGCACAGCUGAGAGUCGUGGGCGAACAAGCCGAAGAUCCAUCUUCAAAGUUCAGCCUGCACUAUCUCCCAGGCCCCAAAAAAGUGCCCGCUGUUAAAAAGCCCGCAGCCAACAAGUCCUCCUUCGGCGUGGGUGUCCUCAACGACACUGGCUCCGAUGACGAGGAUCCGUACGAAUUGGGCCCUAAGAUUACCUUCAACAAGACCAUCGGCAAAGAAAAGAAAGGGAAAAAGCCGAGCAAAUUUGCCAAACCAGGGGCUGGUGAGAAGCACGUCUUUGUUUCCAAAAAGAAUCCAUCGCAAGCUUUGGCUUUAAUAAGUCGACCUUCUAUAGACGGAAAGUCUCCGCUCAGGGGGUUCGUAUUCGCAACGGGUUUUACCGAUGUUGCACGCAAGCCAAAAUACCCACCCCCAAAGAUACCUCCGGGCUGGAAGUCUUCUAAGAGUGCGACGUCAACGGCAGAAUCAAAGGAAUACCAGUCUGUUGCAGAUGCAGCGAAAGCGUCGACUCUCAAUACAAAGGAUCGCUCAGCUUUGCUUGGCGAGAAACCUCUGCCCGGCAAGUCAAUAUUUGAUUUCAUACCCAAGGAUGCUCGGGAUCGCCUUGCUGCCCUGUCUGGCAAAGCCGAUCUUCCCCAGGGUCUUGGAGAGUCUGCUCCAGAGGGGCACUUGCCUGCAAACAAAGCGGAGACAAAGAACUUGUGGAACCUUGUACCUCCUCUUGAGAAGAGUCUCGCUGCUGGUGCUCUUGCAAAGGGUGCGACUGGCUGGAUGCCUUAUGCAGAAGACUUGGACAAGCGCGCACGAUAUGUCGGCUUCCUGGAGCUGCGAGCUGGACUGAAAAACGAUUUACCAGACCGCCCCGAUGGAGUUUCAGUCUCAGAUUGGGUCAAGGAGUUGCAAGAGUUUGCUCAUGCAGCACAGGUUUUUAAACCAACUACUGGCAUCAUGGCAUCACGGUUUACCUCGUCGUCAUCCUCUACAAUAGGAGGAAGUGAUGGCGGCGGUGCAGCUGGUGACAAUCUUCUAAGGCAGCCUGCAGCAAAGCCAGAGGAUCCUGCUGAAUCAGCUGCAAAACUGGGCAUGUACGGUCCGAUGACGCGAACUGCAUUUCCUUUUCACCCUUCUCGGCUUUUGUGCAAGCGCUUCAACGUCAAGCCUCCGCCAGAUAUGCCACCGGAGUUUGACGAGGGCGAAAGCAGCUUCAAGCCACAUACUGAGGAGGCCGUUUCCAAAGCCACAAUGGAUAGGUUGCAGCAUGAGUUUUUGACGAAUGGUUCUGCUCUUCAGCGCCCAGCUUGGAUGAAUCAGCCGGCCGCAGCUUCUGCUUCACCUGCUGCAGCUGCUGAUGUCUCUGCGGCGACCACUACACAGACAGGGCACGCGACUGUGGAUGUGGAGAAGAACGAUGUACUUUUGAAUAAUAGGGCGUCUGAAGAUGUGUUUAAGGCUAUUUUUGGUGAUGACGACGAUGACGACGACGAAUGA